AAUUUAAAGCUGACCUGCCUGUCAAAAUUGCGUCUCCAUGGUAACGUCGUCAUAGUGAGCAUGAGGACAACCAAAGUCAAACAAUCAGAGCUCCCCAGUGUUUGGUCCAGUGCACGUGCCGUGUCCUAGGGAGCACUGAGUGCGGAGAAGAACAGUGCGGAGAAGACAACGAACUACAAUACAGACUAAUCAUGUCAGGCACUGAUGUUUGGGUUGGCUCCUGGAGGCCCCACAAGCCCCGAGGUCCCAUCGCUGCACUCUACAGCAGCCCUGGACCCAAGUAUGCCCUGCCUGGAGCAACAGGUCUGAACUACCAUGACCCCAGAAAGCUGAAAGCACCUGCGUUCAGUUUUGGGACUCGUCACCGCCAAUUCAGCUCAGACUGCUCCCCCGGGCCAGGGUACUUGGUUCCCUCCAACAUCACCAGGAUUGGGCGUGACGGGACCCCUGUAUACUCCCUCUACAGCCGCCCCAAAGACCCCCAGCUGUUCCAAACCCCCGGACCUGGCCGCUACUCCCCUGAGAGGUCAGGGAAGUCUGCAUAUUACUCUGCCCCUGCCUACUCCCUGUCUGCCAGGAGCAAAGGCUUCCGCAACGACCAGACCCCAGGCCCUGCUGCUUACAUGCUGCCCUCUGUGCUAGGGCCUGCCACCGUCAACAAAACCUCUGCCCCUAACUUCUCCCUCCGAGGACGCAGCAAGAUCGGCAGCUUCCACGAGGACCUGCAGAAGACGCCUGGCCCAGGGACAUACAGAGUGGUGGACCCCUGCACCUACAAACACAAGCCCCCCCACUACAGCAUGACAGGACGCAACAGCAUGCCUGGAGACACCACCAAGAAACCAGGCCCUGGAGCUCACCACCCUGAACAGGUGACCUUCACCAGGAUCAAACCUCCAAGCUUCUCUUUCGGAAUUCGUCAUUCUGAGUUCAUCGCUCCGCUCAUCGUGGACUUGGUGGAAUAGGAACCCUUCCCAUUCCUCCAUUUACCUCAUCCCUUUUCCUCAUCCCUAUCCCAUUAUCCCAACAAUAAAUUCAGCAGUAUCAAACUGCUCUGCAGUGAAGAAAGCAAUUAAUUGUGCCUUAUUGUUCUUAUGUAUUGCCUAUCCUGCAUUGAGUACAAUGAUGCUGGAAGACAAGCUAACCUGACAAUCACAUAAUCCUUGUUGACCAUUAAAACAUUUAUUUUUACAUUUUUUAUAUGAAGGCUAUGUUUUAUCACAUCAAUUUGAUUUGAAUAGCAUAAAAACACAGGCUAUUCAGCAUGCUUGAAUGUUAUGAAUACUUGUGGAAAAAAAGGAUUAGGCCUGUACUACACAAACACUACUUCACCUGUGGCCUCCCUUCAUAUUUUGUGUCACUUGUUUGUUGCAUGAAUGCUAUGAUUUGGGGAACAGUUUUUGGGCCCAAUACUGUUUUAAUUUGCACAUAUUUUACCACAUGAGACUCAGAGUUUGAUGUUAUGCCAAAGGUUUAUGACCACUUUCAGUAUGAAAAUUAUGAAAUACCUAGUAUUAUAAUAUGUUAUUGUUCCAAUACAUUAGUUGUGUGUUGAUAUAACAUUGAUCUGACAUGAUUCUUCUCAAAACAAAAUGACCUGGCUAUGUUCACUCACUUUGUUAUAACAUGUCAAACUUGUAAAAUUGUGGUAAUAAAA